CCACGCCCACCUGAGUUUUUUUUUUUUUUACUGGAUGACACCUGAACUGUUUUUUUUCUUGUGACUUAGAAUAACUGGAUGGAAUGUAUGUGAUAAAACAAAAUAACUGUAAAAAGCUGACAAAAAACGCUUCCCGUCCUGGGGUCGAAGGUCGUGUACUGCUCUGCACGGUAGUUCCGGUAGCCACGUGCAGGUGUCGCCCUUCGCACACGUGACUUUUGUUGUUACUCCAGCAGCUUCAUCCACGUGACUAGGUAGCAUGCAUCAUAGGGUUGGCACGUGACGUCACAGCGUGGCACUAGGUUAGUUACGUCACUGCCAAAUCGCAAAGAUCAAAGGUGCCGGGUCGCGCGUGCGUCAUGACGCAGCGCGGUAGGAGGGGGUGAGGAAACAACGAGGGAAUAAACUUUACAAACAUGCAAAUGAGUGCUGACGUAAUGUGACGUAGCUUAUAGACCCCCCCGCAGUGAGGAGCUUUUCGUGAUUAGGUUCGCCAUUAAAAGAGGAAGAGGAGGAAGAAGGUGUUCAUUUCAUCUUCUUUCGAUCUUUCCAGCACGCGCGCCUCCCGCUCCCGCUCCCGCCACCAGCAGCCAGCCAGCACACGCGCCUACGCACGCACGCACGCACGCAGGUAGGACACUUGGGGAACUUUUUCAGAUACAUUUGGACCGAAGUCAGUGAAGUUUGACAAGCGGGCAGACGAGCAGCAGCCGCUAGCCUCCUCCUCCUCCGUCGGGUUGGUUCCGCUGCUGUUGGACUCGACCAGGCCCGUUAAGACGAAGCAAGUGAACGCUCUCAACAAGGAAGGACACAGCCCUCAAGACCCUCCUGCCGGUGUGAAGCUCCUCCCCUUUGAGGAAGUUGUGUCUGAUGACCACCAAUGACGUCCGGCUCAGCGGACACUCAGCCGCAAGACGACACACUGACGACAGCUGAUCACUUCGUCUCACCGCCUGCCUCGUCCCAGGACAUUAUGUCCUCCCCCCCCUGCAUGGUCCAAGUCCUUGAACAAAUUGGUCAGAAAGAAGUGGUGGACAUCCAAAUGUUGGCAGAAGACCAUCUCACGAACAAGUCUGAAGCUUGUACAAAAACUGACCCCCAGCAGAACAGCGAUGAUCUGGACCAUGAAAACAGAGAUCCUGAGGCAUUAGAAGACAAACAUUCGGGUCACCACGACAAGGAAAAGGAAACGGACGUGUCGGAAUUUGAGCACCAGUCUCAUAAGAAAGCCAAAGGCUACAAAUGCAAAUGCUGCCCAUUCUGGUGUAAGAACCUCACUGAUUUUAAAGCGCAUGUGGACUCCAGCCACCCAAACGUGAUCCUCAAUCCACAGUACCACUGUGCCAUCUGUGACUUCCAUGCCAAAAAGUUUGAGAUCCUCUCUGAGCACAACAAGAGCCAUCAUCCCGACGAGAACAACUUCAAAUUCAAGAAGAUUAAGAAGAACAAUAUGACUAUCUUGGAGCAGACAAUCCAAAGCCAGGAGCAUCCAGAAAUACAUGCUGGAAGCGAUGCUUGCCUGUUCCCACCUUGCUUAUCCACCACAGUAAAAUCCCCAGGCUCCGUCGAGGUCCUCCAUGGGGACGGCCACGUCCCCGACCAGAAGGACCAAAUCACAGCCCUCAGCUUCAACGGGACAGUCAUCAUUCCAGAGCCCUGCAUCCUCCGAGACCUGUCCCACGUCACCCCGGUGCUCCAGCGCCCACCGAAUGUAAACUUCCUACCAAAAGUAGCGGUUCCUCUGAACACCACCAAAUAUAAUCCUUCCCUGGACCACAACCUGACCCUGAUCACUUCAUUUAACAAGUUCCCCUACCCGACGCAUGCUGAACUGUCAUGGUUGACGGCUGCCUCCAAGCACCCAGAAGAGCAAAUCAAAGUUUGGUUCACCACCCAGCGGCUCAAGCAGGGAAUCACGUGGUCCCCGGAGGAGGUGGAGGAGGCCAGAAAGAAGAUGUUCAACGGCUCCAUCCCUCCGGCCCAUCACACUUUCACAGCCCUGCCCACUGGUCUUGCCUCUUCACAGUCUACUAAAGCCUCCCAUCAGGCGGCAGUCCACAACACAAUAGAGAAGCACAUCCGUACAGCCACCCCCAAUUCUGACAGUGGUGUUCUCACCAAAAAAGUUCUGUCAGGAGACACGCUUAAACGAUCCUUGAUCUCUCACUCUGGUCCUGAGUCAAAGCGGCCUGUCAUGGUAGUUGCCCCCAGUCCAGGAGACCGCAAAGACAAGGUCCUAAUGUCUCCUCCCCCACCUCCUCCCUUUCUAAAAGACAGCCAUUUGAAUGCUCCACUGGGAGGCGUUCCCUCAGUCACCACGGACAGGAAGAAGGCGUCCACUGUUGUGCCUUUAAUGCCAGUGUCAUCAUCACUAUGUGUCAGGGGGAAGAGUCUCGCCAUGUCAGGAAACACCAAAAACAAACCGGUGGUGUCGCUACCAUCCAUUGUCUUUCCGGAGUCCUUAACGAGGCCGAUGAUUGCUCCGCUGCCCAUCUUUGCCCCCCCAUUUAAAAGUUCAUUACUUAUUCCCAGAUCUUCCAAAGAAAAGCUCAGUGUUUUGCCAGCCGCUGAUGUGAUGUUCCCAAAUUUGCCCCAACUCGUGACCGCUCAGGUAAAGAGGCCUCCCAUCAUCCAGUCUGUGCACACCCCGUCUAAAGCCCUGGUCCACAUUCCAGGAGUCCAAGAACAACAGAGUGCAGAAGUGAAAGGCGCCUUGCUAGGAGGCACGACGCUCAUUCCUGUCAUGGAUGCUAAUGGGAUGUCUGGUGACUUAGCUGAUGUGCCGGAGGACAGCGAGCUUUUGGCUGCGACCAAACCAGAUUCCCAGCAGAAGUCCUCAGUGUUGACUCACUUUCCGCUGCUGGAGAGAAUGAAGGGGAAGACUUCGGAGCAGCUGAAGAUCCUGGAGGACCACUUCCAGAGGAACAGCUUCCUCUCACACAGCGACGUGGAGAAUCUGGCAGUUGCCACCUCUCUGUCCCACCAGGAGAUCGACGGCUGGUUUGCAGAGCGCCAGGCCCUCCGGGAUAACCUAGAACUAGCCUUCCUCAACUCAAUGGGUACAAAGAGGAUGGAAGUGGACAAACAUCUGAUGGUACCUCUUAAUGGGAUUCACAAGCAAAGUUCUGGUGUGGAGGAUCUUAAAAUGCCCACUGUGCUACCACCCUGCUCUGGCCUGAACCCAAAUUCCUGCUCAGUGGCUCCGAACAGCCGAUGUGGGCUGCUCCUCAAAGAUUUGAGUCAAACCGAAGGGAUGAGCCUGCCUGAGGUUCCUCCCAGACAGGCCGGUGUGGACCUUGCACACUGGUUCUGUGAUGGCCACUCAUCACUGCAUGCUGAACUUUUCCUGAACACCGGACUGAAUGGAGGCCAGAGGCCGCUACCAAAAACUGCUCUGUCCGGUUCCUGCGAGAGCUGCAAGGAAGUGGGUGUGGCCAAUAGCUGCAGCAAGAUGCUGGAGGUGGAGCUUGGCUGGCUGAUGGAACAGCGCAACAACAACCUCAGCACUCAGCAGCACAAUGAGCUCCAAGGCCGUCUCAGCGGCAGGUGCGAAUAGGUGCCAUGGAAGCCAUGCACAAGGACAGCUGAUGGACAUCGUGACGAUGGAUCCGGUCAACAUCCUCCGACUUCACCUUGGCAACAGUGACUCUGCCCCCACAUCACACAACCGAGGGACACUUGGGCCAUUAGCAGCUAGCUUGUGCGGCUAACGUGUUUUCCAUCCUAGAAAGUUGUCUCAGGUUUCGUCCCGACUUUGUCCUGAAGCCGCGUCUGGUUUGUCAAGCAGUGAUUGAGGGGCUUCGUGUUGUAGUUGCUAUGGAGACACAGGAAGGACGCCUCAAUGUGUCCUCGUACUGUAAAUACGCCUUUUCUUUUCUUUUGGAACCAUCCAAUCACCUCCUUUUUAUUCUUUAGCCACAACUCUCUCACACACAUGCGCACGCACGCAUGCAUGCACACACACACACAGCACUUGUGUCAAGACUUCCUGGCCCGUCUUCUCAUUGGUCCUGGAACACGCAACUGUCCUCUUCAAUGUAGGACAAAGGACACAAGACCUGAUGAAUGUCACUUUUUGUUUGUGCACACACUACUACUUAUAUGAGAGGUCAGGGGUCAUGUGAGUCAUGUGAUGCGUUGGGAAUGGAGGAGGAAUGUUUUCCUGGAGCUCAAAGCAGAAAAGUUGAAGGUGACUUUGUUCUGCGAGGCUCGCCGUCGCUUUCAUCGCCAAAGUGAUGGACGCAUGCUGUGAGUUGUGAUCACACUUCCUGUCAGGAUGGCGCCGGUUCAGCCGCUUGCGUCUCAGCUUUCAUCAUCCAGCGUUUGAACUUCCUGUCAAAAACAAAACAUCUUGGGAGCCUGCUGGAGACGCACGUCUCCACGGGCCCACGGGACAUGCGCGCGUCUUAUGGACGCUGCGAGACGUCGUCGCCAGCCAGCGCACCCCCGUGGAUGCGUCUGGAAUCUGGGGGCCUGGAAAAGAAGCUCCGCCCACCAGGUGCUGCUCCUCGGGGACUUGCGUGGCGCCGAGGGAACAUAAGGAAAAGAUGAGCGCUUAGUAGGAAGUGACAGACUUUGAAGACGAGUUCAUGCGUGUUAAUGGUGGCGCUAUACAUCAGACGCUGCAACACGUUAACAUACGCUAACCAACAGGUCUUCAGUGGGUGUGGCCUGCUGGGCUAGACCAGGACCUUGUGGACCACGUGUAGCACUGUGAAGAAGUUGCAUUCACAGGAGGAGGAGGUGUGAGGGCGCUGCCAUCUGUUGACACAAUAAGGAAGUGCCCAACAUGGCCUAUAGGAACAAACCAGACGUCUUAUUUCAGCUUUUUAUUCCUGCAAAUGACAAGGUCAAAGUUCAAAGAAUAAAUAGGAAGAGGAAGUGGGUGCACAAAGUUACAAAUUAAAGUGUUGUCCUCAUAUGAAAAGCUGAUGUGUGUGGUGGCCUGUGUCUGUCCAGGAAACAGCGAGGAGGUGAGCACGUGAUGACGUGAAGAAAAGCUGCUUAUGAGCAUCAAGUCCGAUGAAAGAGUCACAUUUACACCUUUCACCUUGGCAAACACGUGAUGGCACUCACUGGACUUCCUUUCACAAUAAAAGUUGACCGGGUCAGCCUGGAAAAAUAACUGGAUACAAGAGGUCUCACUCGGAGAAAUAUUUGCAAUCUUCUCUGUCAUACAAAGUGGCCCAAGAGAAAAAAGCAAUAGAAAAGCUGGGGUCAUUCCCACCAUAAUAAAAGAUAGCUGCGUGCGGAAUGUUUGUCCCGUGACUUCCUGCAGCGCCACGAACAGCCUCACCAGCCGUUUAAGCAAGAACGAGCCUGCUCACGUUUGCUGUAACGUCCCACCAGGAGACAACUCACCUUCAUCGUCCUCCUCUUCUUCCUCCUCCAGGUUGCAGUCAUCGGAUGCCUCCAUUUGUCCUUUCACGUCCAUGUCUCCUUCACUGUCCACACAUUCUAGCGUUUCCUCCUCCUCCUCGCUGAACAUCUCCUUGCCUUCCUGUGCCCGCCGACCCAAUUCACCAAACCACGCCCUCACUUGUUGCGCACUCAUGUCCGACGUGGCUGCCAACGCGUCCACGUCGUCUUCCCUCAGGACGCCAUGCUGGACAUAGUAGUCCCUCAGGAAGGCCUUGCCGCUUUUGGCCUGCAACACACACACACACAUUUAUAUGUGAAGGACAUGCCCCCUAUCCUCCUCCAGGAAAGUCUGAUCACCUCCUGGUGAGCUUGCAUGUAGAAUCCUCCAUUUUAGCAGUCAAGUUCAUUCAUUCAUUCAGCAGAGCAUCAAAGACUACGUUUACAUGCAGUCAAUAUUCAGGUUAAGGUCAAUAUUCCGGCUUCUGAAACAUUCGGAAUAAUCCGUUUACAUGCGUGACGUGAAAAAAACCCUGCACGGACAUUGUUACACAACCAGGUUAUUGCCAAUAUUCCGGGUAUGAUGGGAUUAUUUGGCUGCAUGUAAGCGUACUCAAAAUAUCUUUCCUGCAUUUGACUUGCUGCUAAAUCUACCUGACGCUAAUAUUAAUGUACUUCAAUAAAGUCAACUAAACAAAAAGCUCUCUAUGGAAGAACAGCAGUGACAAGCACCUUCCAGUUUACCCACACCCCCACCUCCUUCAGGAUGAGGAUAGUACUGCAGCACCUUCUGUAUGACGUUUGUGUGCUUUAUUGUGGGAUUACAGGAAUAAUGUCACUUACUUUCAAGAGGCUGUAGAACGACAUGCUGGAUAAGGAAUACUUUAUUUAGAGGUGCACCACAAAUAUCAGGUAAUUUUCAGGCCGAUAUGAGGAAUUAAGACAUCAUACCAAUAAAUUCACUACCGUCGUGCCUCGUUUAGGUUAAUUGAUUCCAGACCUGACCGUGAUGUCAGCUUGACAUAGGAUUUCUCAUUUAUACAUGGAAUAUUUUCAGAGCAUAGAAAUUUUAAAACCUUCUACAUAUGACUUUUAGCAUUAUUAGAGCCCUCUGGACAUAAAAUAACACUCCUGUAGUCACUUUUACACUCCUAUUACUCAACGUAGUGGACAUAAUAGUAGAAAAGAUGUCUUAAACAUGAAUACAUAAGAUUUUGCUGUACAUAAAGUCACACGUUAGCAUUGACAGGAUAACUGGUGGCUAUAGUCUCAUCAAUGCCACCUAGUGGCCAGUGUAGUACAGUACUACUGCUCGCUCCACACUGCUAACCAUGCUAACAGUACAGUACUACAGCACGCUCCACACUGCUAACCAUGCUAACAUGUGCUAACAGUCACACACGUCACUUCCCGGGCCCCGCCUCUUAAAUGCUUACACAACGUCACAGAUAUUGCACAACAUAUCAUUUGGGCCAAGAAUACAUACAAAGUGCUUAUAUUUGCAUAUUUUGGACUAAUAGGCCGUAUUCACCGACAAAACAGUGAUCAAAACAACAGACAAAGGGAUGGCUGGAACAGUACCACCAUUGCUCACGUUUUAAUGGAUAAAAAAAGCUCCAAUGAGGUGAGAUUACCCGUACUGUGCUGUAGGUAAGUUAGCGUCAGCAAAUCAAGUGCUCCUUUUCUGGCCUGUCUUGUAAACAAAGUGGUGUGGAUGGUCAAAUGCUGUGCAAACAUUCUACGAUGGACAAACGGCGCUUAAACACAUCAAACCUCAUCGGCCACCUGAAACGCCAGCAUCACUACGACGCCCGGGGGCUUGUUCCUUUUGCUGCGGCAUUUGAAUAGUGAAAAAAAAGUUUGCCGGAGAUGAUCUCAAGUGCUAAAGCCGUCUGUGAUUUCAUCAUGGAAAUGAUGGCGCUGGACAACCAGCCCCUUACCAUCCUUGAAGAUACCACACUUUGUACUUUAAAGAUGCUAUUUUUGUGCGUUUUGGUAAUAGUGGUGAUGUCAUGAUAUCUGGUCAGGAUACAUCUACAGGUAAUGUGAGAUGGACAGGUGGAUUGGUGAUGCGGACGCUGCAUCGGUCUGUUGUGGUGAAGAGCGAGCUGAGCCCAAAGGCAAAGCUCUCCAUUUAGCGGUGGAUCUAUGUUCCCACCCUAACCUAUGGGCAUAACCUUUGGGUAGUGACCCAAAGAACAAGAUGGCGGGUACAAGUGGCCGAAACGAGUUUUCUCCAAAGGGUGGCUGGGCUCCCUUAGAGAUAAGGUGAGAAGCACUGUCAUCCGGUAGAAACUGGGAGUAGAAGCGCUGCUCCUCCGCAUUGAGAGGAGCCAGAUGAGGUGGCUCGGCCAUCUGGUCAGGACGCCUCCACGGGGAGGUGUUCAGGGCACGGUGUUCUUCUUCUUCUCUUCGUGUUACCCCCAGGUGUGCACAAACUACACUUACGUAAUAGUACAUGUAACAAAUGCUCCGUUAUUGGUAUCGGUUUUGAGAAGCAGGAAGUUAUCAGUAUCAGUACCAGUAUCAGCAUAAAUACAUAAAUAAAAAAUGCGAACAGAAAUCGGCAUCAGUACAGUGCACUUAGUGAAGGCAGUGCACUUAGGCCAGUGCAUUCAGACG